AUGGUCCGUAAACCACUAACACCUAACUACACUGGACCGCACCAGGUUAUUUCUCGAGCGCCAAAAUAUUUCGUUAUAGAUCUCGCCGGCAAGCAAACUACAGUCAGCAUUGACCGCUUACCACUCAGCAAACUCCAGAUUCAGAGACUUUACACAAACACCCAUCUUCUACGCCUGAACCGCAAAUUAAGCCACCUACACGGACCAGGUCCGGCAGGCGCGUUCACUGGCCAGCAAAGGUCAUCCCCUCUCCCCACCCCCUUACAGACGGCCUCCAUACACGCACUAACGCAACAGGAUACGCAAUAUUCGCUAAGAGAGAGUGGGCAUUGUCACUCUCUCUUCAUUCACCUAAUGUUUGUAUGGGGAGGCCACGAUCACUCUUGCCGAUUCUUUCCCCCUCCUUUAAUGACAGCGAUAUCUAACGUGAUUUCCUCUUUCGCUGGCCAACGGGUUUAA